UUUGGAGUAUCAUCUUUGUGCAUUCAUUUGCAUUUAAAUGCUCUUGAAACUACAAACUAAAAAGUCCUGUACUGCUGCUGUUUAGAAUGUAGCGGAGCUUGUGUUGUUUCAGGUUUUCCUCGAAAUGAUCAUGUGGGAUGAGCAGUUGGUGUGAAUGCAGUGAUUGAUUAAUUACAUGUGCAAAAUGUGAAUGGGUUUUAAUAUAUCAUUAGGGAUUAUUGAUGGCAGCUCAAGUGCCCUGCAGUCCAAUAUGGUAUUGUAUGCAGUCAUCUUAUUCCUUACAUUUUCUGAAUUCCUAAAUGAAUUCACUGUUCUUCGCAUAAAUUGACAUGAUGGACUUUUGUUUGUGCUGACAACCUGCUGUUCGUUUCAUGAUCCCAGCCUUGAACCCAUCUCGUUACUUAUUAAUGUGCAGGAGGGGUGUCCUGUGUGGAGGAAUGUGCUCAUCCCUGUGUUGGUGCGUCUCUAAGGUUACUGGCAGCAGCGGGAUGGCGGCCUGUUGUUUGGUGUUAGAAAGCUAAAUCUGGCGGUAAAUGGGAAUUUGUGGAUUUUAACAGAAGUCGAAGCGUUUUCUCAAAGUGGGGUUUUCCUAUGCGAGUUCAUGGAGAACCUGAAGUCGGUCCCUCACUCGGUGAAGCGGUGGCAGCUCAGGGGGACAGACUGUGACCCGCAGCAAGCCCGCAGCCUGCGCGCCGAAACCCGCUUCAGCACCUGGACUCCGCUGAACAACAAGACGAGCAACCUGCAGUUAUUUGAAGAGAGGAUGAACCUUGUGUUCCACUGGUUCGAUCUGUGGACUGACACACAGAGGAAACACCUGUUGCACUCUCUGCUUACACGCUGCACCAGGUCACAGCUCAAGUGCUGUAGGGAUUUUCUGAUCGAGUCAGUUCCUGUGACUCAAGUAGACUUCACGGUGGUGCUGCCACGGUUCCUGUCCCUGUAUGUGAUGUCAUUCCUGUCCCCUUGUGACCUCUGCUCUGCCGCCCAAGUCAGCUGGCACUGGAGGGUCCUUGCCGAGCAGGACUGCCUGUGGGAAGGUCGGUGCAUCAGAAGAGGCUGGUUCCUUCCCUACAUUCCAGGAGAGAAAGAAUAUGGAGCGUGGAAGAACCACUAUGUCUCUUGCGUCUCCACGCUAGACUGGCUCACUCCCCGGGAGGCGGCAGAGAAGUAUGGGACCCUAAACCAACAGAUCACAGGGAUGACGGAGGAGGAGGAAGAGAGGAGGAAGGAGAGGAGGAUCAGGCAGAUGAUCAGAGACAAAAUACAGGAAGAGAAGAGACUAUCUAUGAGAACAAGGAGAGCCUGGGGCAGCUACACAAAACCAGAGGGAGUUAGAGGUGGAAGUACCCAGACAACGAGGCCCAGCUCUAGAACAUUCACCUCUUUGCUUUCCUGGCCUACAAGUAAUGUCAAGUCUUCCAGCCUCGGUCUUAGCCCGGACAGGCGACAGCCCAUGACAGCAGCUUCAAGCUUGGAGAGAGUUUGGGCCUCCAGUCCUAGCAGUGAAAGAGUGAACAAAGCCAGUGGAGCACUGUCAUCCUUCACCUACAGACCUGCACUGCCACAACCACUCUCUCACAUCCAUCUUCCCACUCCUGCCCUCUUACUGCUGAUCUCCAAUAGAAUUCCUGCCUAUGAGCUGCUGCUAAGUGGUGUGAAAGCAGGAGUGAUUGUGGUUCUCUAUGACCAUAGAGCAACUCUCUCAGCUUUGUUAACCCAGGUGGAGAGGGCUAUUUCUGGGCAGAGAGCUCAGAGGCUGGGCCUACUAGCUCCAGGAGGAACGGAGGAAAUCCAUCUGCUUCACAGUAGUAGCCUGUCAGAGAAGACUUUACUGACCCCUGACCAUAGAGAAUUCUGGGAAAAACUAUGUGGCUGGGUGGCACCAACUGAGGAGGGAGGAGGGAUUGACAUCUUCUCCCCUCUUGCUGCAUCUGCAUCAGGAGUGGCUCUCAUCCAGACUCUCUCUACUCUGACUGGUCUGGAGGUUCAGGCGCCAAUGGGUCUUGCCACCGGAAGUUUCCAGAACAUCCUGAGUGAGUGGUCUGACAGCAGUGUUUGCACCGGACUUUCCAACCAACAACCAGUAGCCCCAGCAGUGCAGUUUGUGUGUGAGAGUGUACUGCAGGGCUGGUGCAGACAGGCUCAGUGGAUGGAGGAGGCUCUGGGGGAGCUGAGGGGCUGCCUGGGGCCACAGUUAGAACGGGUCAGCCUCCAGGCUAGGGGCCGAGCUCUGGGUAACUUUCUGUGGGAGAAAAUCUGCCUUGAGGAGCUUUGUGUGUCCAAAGAUCUGAAUGAGGCUCUGACUGAGGGACUCACUGCUCUCACAAGACAGGAAAAGACAAGACCUUUGGAGUUUCUUGCUGUCUUCUUGUCAAGAUGGAGUGAGGAGAGUAAUGGAGAGGAAAAGAGGCAAAACAAAAGAGCCGAUGAUUUCUCUUUCUUACCACAUAGCUCACAGAAAUGCCUCAGUCCGAUGAUAUCUGAGCUACCACAGACGGCGUUAGAUUGGAGAGGCGCAGUUGCCAGAGAGCUGCACCACAGCGAGUGUAUUUAUAUGGGAAGACUGGGCGCUGUGGUGAAGGUGUACCAGGAGCCUCUUACAGCAGCUCUGAACUCCAACAGAGCCAUACUAAGCUAUGCUGACAUCCACAUUGUACUCAACCCUGUCACACAAAUACUGGAGCUGAACAGGGUGUUUCACAUAGAUUUACAAGCCAGGCUGCAGCAGUGGGGUGCAGAGCAGUGUGUCGGAGAUGUGUUUGUGAAACUGUGCUCAAAGCUCAGAGUCUACACCAACUACCUCAACAACUACCCCACUGCCCUCCAUACCAUUGACAAGUGCAGGGAGACAAAGCCUUCAUUUCGGGCUUUCCUGAAGAGAGCAGACAGAUCUCUUGCCACACACAUGCUGAGCCUACAGGAGCUGCUGCUGUGUCCAGUGUGGAGAAUACAGGAGUAUGUGACUCUGCUUCAAGCUCUGUCUGUACACACACACCCCGGUCACCCUGACCACACACACCUCUCCUCCGCCCUCAACACCCUGCUACAAUUCAGAGAAUUCAUACAAAAGUUAAAAUGUAACUCUAAGAAAGAAAGGCUGAUGGAGGAAACGCAGCAGAAGAUCCAAGGCUGUCCGAACCUCAGUGAAGGAAACAGACAGCUGAUAGUAACUCAGGACGCUGCUUUGCUCAGGAGCCCUGAUGAACUGAUUCCUGAAUCGCUCAGGACCUAUGAGCAUGUGUCUGACGUGGGCCUGUUCCUGUUUAAUGAUGCUUUAGUGUUAACGCGGCGAAACGUGCAUCACACACCUUUCACAUUGGCUCACCAAAGCACUCACACUUUCCUGGCCUCUGUGGCUCUUGCCAGCCUGUCUGUCAGAGAGAUCGCACGUACACGCUAUGUGUGUCAUGCCUUUGUCCUGGAGGGUCCUUGUCGUUCCUGGGUUUGUGCCACAGAAAGAGGUGAAGAGAGAGAGCACUUUCUGUCUGUGCUUCGCUCAGCUAUAAACUCUGCUUUAACAGGACAUCAGUGACAGCACUAUGAUGAAACACCAGCACAGCAAAAGGAGGUUUGGACACCACUGUUGGCCCUGGUUAUUUGAAAAAGUAAUUUUUUAAAAAGUUCAGGAGAUCUCAAAAGGCAGUUAUUUCUCCACUCCAUGAUAUGAUGUAAAGACAGCAGCAGUUUAAAUGGUAUUCUUAGUGUCCCGCCGUAAAAGUAUUUCCAGAGGUAAUCCUAUAGUCACAGUAAUUACUUUUAUAAGUCAAUACAAAGAAAUGAAGAAGUGUUUUUAAUUUGCAAUAUGUGGAAGUUAUAAAUUAUUAUGUCACUGCUGUACAAUAGCUGGAAGGUGCAAUGUAUUACAGUACAUGUCAAACAGUGUCUGGGUUACCAUGAUGUAUGUGUAGAAAUGUAUAUAAAUUUCUACACUUACAUCAUCACAAUUUUCUGAUACUGCACUCACUGACUCCAAAACCGUAAUGACUCAGUGUCUGCUAGAUAUGUUUGACCCCAUCUAUAGAUCGUAACAAACUUUUUUUAUGCAUGCAUAUUUGGAUAUAAAUAAUACCUGAACAUAAUACUGUUGGAAGAAUAGCAUCAAAAAAUGACAAAACUUUGACUGUACAGCAUGAUUGAUGCAGCUCCUUAAAAUCAAGUUCUUUACUCUUGCACUGUAAACCUGUUAUGGCUUAAGUUAAAAACUUCUCUAGUGGUUUCAUUACAGCCUUUAUGAACUUUUUUUAGUUUAGUUGUUUUAUGUAUCAUAUGUUGCCCUGUCAGAGGCAGUGGAUAUUAGAAAGUGCUUUGUAUUUUCCUGUUUUGUUUUGUCUUGUGUAAGUAGCUGUGUGUAAAACAGUCUAUGCGUACUUACUGUAGACUGGGAACAUUGUGGGCUUUAUUUUUACUGUAAUCAUGUUGACAAU